AGGCAUUGCUAUCUCAAGGAGUGAUGGAAGUGUAACAGUGAUGCAAGCGCCGUGAACACGACCUUUGCAUUUGAGCCGCUUUGCCCGAUGACCACCGGAACAAUUGGUCUUGCAUGGGCUGUCCAACAUAUCCUCACUUUGCCAGUUGCUCUGAAGGACAAAGUCGGACAGAGGUCUCAACAGUCUCCGAUGUGCAAGGGCUAGCUUCUGUGAUUGGCUGCGCCAUGACAGCUGGCUACAUCGACCAAGAUCCAUGGAGUGACUGGAAACCGGUGGAACAGACAGCAUUGGACUUCCUGAAAGAGGCGCAGGAAGCGGACGAGGAGCAGGAGUCGGAAGAGGAGGAGGAGGAGGACGAAUGGAAUCCCGUAGUGCAAGGUGCAGAGGACCCAGUCGAGGGUGCCGAGCAUGAGGAGGAGGAGGACGAGGACUCAGAUGACGACUGGGCGCCUGAGAUUCAGGGGGCAGCCAACGUUGAGAAGUCGGAGGAGGAAGCAUUGAAGGUUCUUCUGCAGCCAAGCUUUGUGAAGGAAGAGCCUGAGUCCUUGCAGACAAAGAAGGAAGCAGACGCAGCUGGCCGGAUGCUGCACGAGAUGCGCAGGCCUCCCACUUGGGAGGAGGUAAAGGCCGAGAUCCCCAGAGGUCCGGAUGUGGAUCCGGAUUUGCUGGAGGCGCCCUCCUACCGCGAGAUGACACAACAGGAGGCCAUCGAAUUGGUGCGCAGAGGUGCCACUGUGAACUACCACGGGCAGCAUGGGACGACGCCCCUUCACAAGGCCGCGGAGAAGGCAUUCCCCGUGCUCAUCAAGGCUCUGUGCGAAGCGCGGGCAGACCCUGACAGCCGAGAUCACAUGGGUGAGACGCCGCUGCACAUCUUGGCGAAAUCUGGCAGCUGGGACGAGUCCAUCCCAAAGUCUCGGCGCUGCGAAGCCAUUCAGAUGCUCCUUUGCAACGGGGCAGAUGUGCAUGCCGUGAACCCCCGGGGACGCGGUGUUCUUCACUUGGCCGUGACGGAGCACGACCUGCCGGCCAUCGAAACCUUCAUUGAAGGCAUGGCGGACGUCAAUGCCCAGGAUCUGGCGGGCUUUACUCCUUUGAUGUGGGCGGCUGGAAGAGACAGUGCGGAUGGCGUCAAGAUGCUGUUGGACUGUGAGGCCGACAUGAACGCGAGGGCUGCACGUGGCCAAACCGCGAUGACAUUUGCCUUGACCAACGGGUGCAAUGCCAUCGUUGAUAUCCUCGACAAGCACCAAGCCAUUUUGGAUGCCGAGGAGGCCAAGCGAAUCAAGGAGAGGGGUGAAGGCCGUGACGAGGAUCCAGAGGAUGACUGGACAGAGACCCUGCAGCUGCCGAAGCCUGAGUGGGCCUGCAAGCACGAGAAGCCCGAGCGUCUUGAGCCCUACGCUGGGCGCAGAAUAUGUGCAGAAGCAAAACCUGACAGGCAUUCCAACGUCUAUGUUGGGAACCUGCCUGACCGGCGCUGACAAGACCUUGCUUCGGGCUGAAAAUGCCCUGGUGCAAGCCGCAAGCCAAAGUAAAA